CCCGUUCAUCACCGCCCCAGGCGCCCUGUUUCCAGGCCCCGCGCCCCGGCGCCGCCGGCUCCGCCCCUCCCCUGACGUCACCACGGGGUAAACAAGGUCGGUUCUGCCCCCGGGCGCGUGACUCGUGACCCCAUGACUCGUGACCCCGUGACCCGUGACGACCCCGUGACCUGCGGGUAUAUAAUAAGCCUGAGAGGCCCGCGGCCAGGCCCAGAGUUCCCCGCGCUGACGACCUCUGACCCCGCCGCCGCCGCUCCAACGACCCCUGACCCCUGACCCCGCCACCUCUGCCCAGCUUGGGUCGCCCCGCCGCUGCCGCCGCUGCCGCCGCCGCCGCCGGAUGAGACUAUGCCCCGCCCCCAGCCCCGCCCCCUGCUCGUCCCUGCCUUUGCCAUAAUACUGUGCGCAAUCUCCACCCCCACGGCCACUGCCGAAGCCCCGCCCCCCGCCGCCGAGGCCCCGCCCCCCGCCAAGCGCCCUGGCCCAAACUUCGUGCUCAUCAUGGCAGACGACCUGGGCGUGGGGGACCCAGGCUGCUAUGGCAACCACACACUCAGGACGCCACACAUCGACCGCCUGGCCCGGGAGGGCGCCAAGCUGACGCAGCACCUCGCAGCCUCCCCACUCUGCACGCCCAGCCGUGCCGCCUUCCUCACAGGGCGCUACGCAGUGCGCUCGGGCAUGGCUGCACACGGCAUUGUGGGCGUGUUCCUGUUCUCCGCAUCCUCCGGUGGGCUCCCGCCCUCCGAGGUCACCUUCGCGGAGCUGCUGAGAGGGCGGGGCUACGCCACCGCACUCGUGGGGAAGUGGCACCUGGGCCUGAGCUGCCACCAUGCUGCCGACUUCUGCCACCACCCCCUGCGGCACGGGUUCACGCGCUUCCUGGGCACACCCACCACAAACCUGCGCGACUGCCUCCCGGGGGCGGGCACGGUGUUCAGCACGUUGCGGCGCCUGUUCGUGGAGGCCCCGCUGGGCGUCCUGGGGGCGGGGCUGCUGACGUUGGCUUUGGCCCGGUGGGCGGGGCUGGUGCGGGCCCCACCCUGGACGUUUGCGGUGAUGGCGGCCAUGAUGGCGGUGGUGGGCGGGUCCUACCUCAUCUUCCACCUCUACUUCCGCCCGACCAACUGCUUCCUCAUGGACGACUUUACCAUCGCCCAGCAGCCCACGAACUACAGCGGGCUCACGCAGAAGCUCGUGGGCGAGGCCCGCGAUUUCCUGCGCAGUGGCGGGCGUGGGCAUGGCUUCCGUUCACGCGGUGACAUAGUCCCUCCCCCCAGUCACACGGCCACGCCCUUCCUGCUCUUCCUGUCCUUCAUCCAUGUGCACACCGCACACUUCGCUGGCCCAGGCUUCAGGGGGCAGAGUCGCCAUGGCGCCUAUGGUGACAGCGUGGAGGAGAUGGACUGGGGCGUCGGUCAGAUCCUCGAUGCCCUGGAUGAGCUCGGCCUCACCAACGACACACUCGUCUACUUCACGUCCGACCAUGGCGCCCACAUGGAGGAGCUGGGCAAGCACGGUGAGCGGCAUGGAGGCAGCAACGGCAUCUUCAGAGGCGGGAAAGGCAACAACUUCGAGGGCGGGGUUCGCGUGCCGGGUCUCGUGCGCUGGCCCGGCAUGAUCGCGCCCGGCCUGGAGAUUGAGGAGCCGACGAGCAACAUGGACGUCUUCCCCACGGUAGUGAGGCUCGCGGGGGCAGAGAUGCCACGUGACAGGGUUAUCGAUGGGCGCGACCUGAUGCCACUGCUGAGUGGGGACGCACAGCACUCAGAGCAUGACUUCCUUUUCCACUACUGCAACGCCUACCUCAACGCUGUGCGGUGGCGGAAUGGCAGCUCGGUGUGGAAGGCCUUCUACUUCACGCCCAACUUCAGCCCCGAGGGCGCCAAUGGCUGCUUCGACAAACACCUGUGCUUCUGCCACGGACAUUACGUCACGCGCCAUGACCCGCCCCUGCUCUUUGACCUCGCCCGUGACCCCAGCGAGCGCCAGCCCCUGACCCCCGAAGCCGAGCCACGCUACCACGAGGUCCUGCGCGUCAUGGCCGAUGCCGCCCGCGCCCACGCCGCCACGCUGGGGCCCGCUGUGCCCGACCAGCUCUCACUUGCCAACCUUGCCUGGAAGCCGUGGCUGCAGCUCUGCUGCGCGUCGCGGCCCCACGCGCUCGCCUGCCACUGCGCUGCCGAUGAGCACGCCCGCUGACCCUGACCCUGCCUGUGGACUCUCAGUCACUUGCAGUCAUCCCCGUGCCUCACGCUUUCUCCACUCACCGCGCACACCCGGGUGGAUGAGGGACAGCGUGCCCGACCUUGCCUUGCCACUCAGUGUUCACAGGCGGCAGCGUAUGCGCAGACAUGGACUCGCGUGAACACAUGUGUGCCGUGCGCCAUGCUGGCAACCCGGCCUGUCAUGUUGCAAUAAAAAUAGAAGUCGCCA